GUUGCCAUGGCGCCGGGGGCGGGGCGGGCGCCUGGGCCCCCUCGGCGGUUUGGCGGGGGAGGGGCUUGCGCAGGUCCCGCCCCCCGCCCCGCCCCGCCUUCAUGAGGCCCGCCCCUAUUGCGCUGUGGCUGCGCCUGGCCCUGGCCCUGGCCCUCGUAGGCCCCCUGGCUGUGGGGUGGGCCUCGCCCCGGGCCCCCAUCUAUGUCAGCAGCUGGGCCGUGCGGGUGUCCCAGGGGAACCGGGAGGCCGAGCGCCUGGCACGCAAAUUCGGCUUCGUCAACCUGGGGCCGAUCUUCCCUGAUGGGCAGUACUUUCACCUGCGGCACCGGGGCGUGGUCCAGCAGUCCCUGACCCCCCACUGGGGCCACCACCUGCGCCUGAAGAAAGACCCCAAGGUGCAGUGGUCCCAGCAGCAGACACUGCAGCGCAGGGUGAGACGCUCUGUGGUGGUGCCCACGGACCCCUGGUUCUCCAAGCAGUGGUACAUGAACAGUGAGGCACAGCCAGACCUGAACGUCCUGCAGGCCUGGGGCCAGGGGCUGUCGGGCCGGGGUGUCGUGGUCUCUGUGCUGGACGAUGGCAUUGAGAAGGACCACCCGGACCUCUGGACCAACUACGACCCCCUGGCUAGCUAUGACUUUAAUAACUACGACCCGGAUCCCCAGCCCCGCUACACCCCCAGCGAUGAGAACAGGCACGGGACCCGCUGUGCUGGGGAGGUGGCUGCAAUGGCCAACAAUGGCUUCUGCGGUGUGGGGGUCGCCUUCAACGCCCGAAUCGGAGGCGUGCGGAUGCUGGACGGGCCCGUCACCGACGCCAUUGAGGCCCAGUCGCUGAGUCUGCGGCCCCAGUACAUCCACAUCUACAGCGCCAGCUGGGGCCCCGAGGACGACGGCCGCACGGUGGACGGCCCCGGCAUCCUCACCCGCGAGGCUUUCCGGCAAGGCGUGACCAAGGGCCGCGGCGGGCUGGGCACGCUCUUCAUCUGGGCCUCGGGCAACGGCGGCCUCCAUUACGACAACUGUAACUGUGACGGUUACACCAACAGCAUUUACACGCUCUCCGUGGGCAGCGCCACCCGGCAGGGCCGCGUGCCCUGGUACAGCGAAGCCUGCGCCUCCACCCUCACCACCACCUACAGCAGCGGCGUGGCCAGCGACCCCCAGAUCGUCACCACGGACCUGCAUCACCGGUGCACGGACAAGCACACGGGCACCUCGGCCUCAGCCCCACUGGCGGCAGGCAUGAUCGCCCUGGCACUGGAGGCCAACCCGUUCCUGACGUGGAGGGACCUGCAGCACCUCGUGGUCCGCGCGUCCAAGCCGGCGCACCUGCAGGCUGAGGACUGGAGGACUAAUGGCGUGGGGCGCCAAGUGAGCCAUCACUACGGCUAUGGGCUGCUAGACGCCGGGCUGCUGGUGGACACCGCCCGCACCUGGCUGCCCACCCCACCGCAGAUGAAGUGCACCGUCCGGGUCCAGAACAGCCCCACCCCUAUCCUGCCGGUGAUGUACAUCAGGAAGAACGUGUCGGCCUGCGCCGGCCGCCACAACUCCAUCCGCUCGCUGGAGCACGUGCAGGUGCAGCUGACGCUGUCAUACAGCCGGCGCGGGGACCUGGAGAUCUCGCUCGCCAGCCCCAUGGGCACACGCUCCACACUGGUGGCCAUACGACCCCUGGACGUCAGCACUGAAGGCUACAACAACUGGGUGUUCAUGUCCACCCACUUCUGGGAUGAGAACCCGCAGGGCGUGUGGACACUGGGCCUGGAGAACAAGGGCUACUAUUUCAACACGGGGACGCUGUACCGCUACACGCUGCUGCUCUACGGGACGGCGGAGGACAUGACAGCCAGGCCUCCAGGCCCCCAGGUGACCGGCAGCUUGUGUGUGCGGCGGGACACGGAGGGGCUGUGCCAGGCAGCAUGUGGCGACCCCACCUACAUCCUGGGACAGCUCUGUCUGGCCUCCUGCCCCCCGCGCUUCUUCAACCACACGAGGCUGGUGACCGCCAGGCCUGGUCACCCGGCGGCACCUGCGCUGAGGGUCUGUUCCAGCUGCCACGCCUCCUGCUACACCUGCCGUGGCAGCUCCCCGAGGGACUGCACCUCCUGUCCCCCAUCUUACACGCUGGACCAGCAGCAGGGCUCCUGCUUGGGGCCCACCACCCCCGACAACCAUCGCCAGCUUAGAGCUGCCGCCUGCCCCUACCACCGCUGCCCAGCCUCGGCCAUGGUGCUGGGCCUCCUGGCCCUGACCCUCGGGGGCCCCGUCCUCUGUGGCGGGUCCACCGGACGGCCCCCCAUAGGCCUGGCUCGUGCCAGGGCCAACCCCAACAACCCCCAGGUCUGGCUGCCAGCUGGAAUCCGAAGUCAUCAGCUCAGAAAGUGACACUUCCCUGGCCUGGGUCCCUGGCAGGCACUGCUGCCCUGCCACCUCCACAGGCCGGCCCCAGAGGAGCAAGCACCAGCCCCCGACGCCCGGCUUGCCAGGAACCCCGCAGGCUGGGGGGAAGAGAGAGAGAGGUCUCCUAUGCCUUUUGGGUUGGGGCAGAGGCUGGACCGUGAUCACUGCCCUUUCUGAGCCCCGGAAGCCACGGGAAAGUGGAGGGACAGGAACUGGACGCCGUCCGUCUGAGGCCGUGUCCAGCCUCAGAGUUUGCAAAUAAAGGUUGCAU